AUAAAAGAUAAUGGAUCAAAAAUGCACUAAAACAGUCAUAGAAAAUUUGAAUAAGUCUAAAAGGUCUCUAAGGACCGGCGUAGCAGUAAACUAAUGAGCAGAUGCAGCUGUCUUAGUCCCUCCUGGGAAACAUCCUCUACAUUUUGCAGAUGCAGCACUGAUGUUACCUCUUGGGUUUGUUCCGUCACGUUGGACAUUUGCCUUGCACUCCCGUAAUACACCUAUAAAACCCUCACUGGAUCAGAAUAGGUUGACUCACUGAGGAGGAAGGUCCUUCCUUAUUAUCUCCCCGGUCAGGAACCUUCCCACCUUGGUGUCUUCUUCUUAAUGACAACCAGAAAGAAGUGUAAGAAAUGGCAAAUAUGUCCUCGGCCAACACUUACUUCAUUCUCGUGGGGAUUCCGGAGAUCGGGAACUUUAAGUAUCUCUACGCCUUGACUAUCAUCGUGGUCUACAUGACCAUCAUGGUCUUAUCGUUCACCAUCUUGUACGUUACUUUUACCGAAGAAGCUCUUCAUGAACCCAUGUACAUCUUCAUCUCCAAUCUUAUGUUUGGUGAGAUGUACGGGAGCACAGCCUUGAUGCCCAAACUGGUCAUAGACCUCCUUAGUGGGAGCUACACCAUUCCAUUCGUUGGGUGCCUGGCCCAAGGGUUCUUUCUCCAGAGUUUUCCUUGUGUUGAGAUAUUCACCUUCACCGCCAUGGCCUACGACCGCUACUUGGCCGUUGGACAUCCUUUGAGAUACCCGAUGUUGAUGACCAAUAAGAUGGCCCUGAAGAUCCUGCUGAAGAUAUGGGUUUACGUCUUGGUGGGAAUAGGUGCAGUUGUCAUAAUUGCUUCGCGGCAGAUUCUGUGUGGGGUGGAAAUCAACAGUAUGUUUUGUGAAACCAUCUCCCUCACCCACCUGUCCUGUGGUGACACCACUCUUAGCGUUGCCUUCGGAUUCACGUGGACUUUGAUAAUGAUGGUGGGCUGUGUGUUAGUUGUCAAAUAUUGUUACGUACGGACAUUUCUUGUGUGUCUGAGGAUCUCUCAAGACGCCCACCAGAAGGCGGUCCACACCCUGGUGACCCACAUCAUUGCCUUCUCCACCUUCAUGACUUCAGCUUUAUUCAUUGUCUUCCGGUACAAACUUAAAGGGGAAUCUCUCUCGGUGGUGUCGCACAUUGUGACAUCCGUGACAGGGACAUUGUCCUUCGCCCUCAACCCCAUCAUAUAUGGAAUCAGGACGGAGGCUCUGAGAACUAAAAUACUGCAAAAGUUGCUCAGAAAUAACAUUGAGUUGUUGGGACGAGGGAAAAACUGAAAAAAAAAAAA